AAUUUUGCAAAAUCAUUUUAAAUUAUUCUUUUAUAUAUAAUGAGCACACUACAUGAAUAUUUCCUAAAAAUCUAUACUAUUUUUAAUAGAAAUCAAAUUUAAUGUUUGAAUUUUUAGAACCGCGCCAAAAACGCUAUUCCUGUGAUGGCGCCGGCAGAUGACGUCUGUGACGUCACACGCCAGUAAACACGAUCACGAGCUGUCAGCCGAAGUUAAUUUCAUUAUUGUGCUUGAUUUUGCUAUAAUAUCAUAGAUAAAAUGGUCUAUAAAUGGUGUGUAGUGCCAAAAUGUACGAAUACGUGUAUAAAUAGUCCACAAAGAUUGUUUGUUUCUGUUCCAACCGAUUGUAAAAGACGAAAAAAGUGGUUACUAGCUCGGAGAGACCCAAAGGGCAUUUCAUCGACUUCGAAUGUAUUUAUGUGUGAAGAUCACUUCGAUGUAAGUAUAAAUUGAAUAUGUUAUCUACUAGGUAGCUUAAAUUACCGCUUUUUUUAAGAUUGAAAUAAUAUAUAACUAUCUAUAACCUCAAAUGUAUCUUUGGUUAUGUUGAGGAUAAGUCAGUGUUGAGGAUCAAAGAUCCUGUUUAUUAACCCUAAACUUAUUACUCUGUAGGGUUUCAAAAUGUUUUCUGUUGUUUUGAUUAUAUUAGCUACCUACGUAUACAUAUCUCAAUAAUUUUCUAUGCUGUGUCAUUUUACCUACUUUGCUUAUUAGAUAGUGAUAGUUAUGUUGAAUUGCAGAUGGAAAAAGACACCAUUAACUACAUGCAGUACAAAAUGGGUUUCAGCCAGAAGAUACUUUUGACAGAAGAUGCUGUGCCAACAAAAUUUCAUUGUCAAGAAGAUCGUAAAAGACCACUGUCUGAUGCUGGACUUUCUCGAGGAGCAUAUGUCAAGAGGAAAAGAAUGGAUUUGGUCAACACAUGUUUGCAAAGUCAAAAUGCUACUGAAGCCCAAGCUGAAAGCUUACAAAAAGAUGAGAGUUUGAUACAAGACAUUAUUGAACCUCAAGGUUUAUCAAGAACUCAAGACAGAGAAACUAUUACCAACUCUAUCAUAACUGCAGAAAAAUCUGUGCAAGUAACAAUAAAAGAGAAUGUGCAUCAUAGGAGCAAAUCUGUGCAAACAAGAUGCCAGACUACAAGUAUUUCUACCUCACCAAUGAAAGUUUCUACAACAUCUCGUUCCACUUCGCCCUUUAAGAUUAAACCAUGCAGUCUUCGACCAUCACAGUCUGAAAUUGUCAAAGCAGUCAAGAGAAAUGUUUUUCUUGAAGAUGAGAAGUCAGAUAGUGAUAUUUCUUGUAUUGAAAGUGGUCGUCAUUUAUCACCUUUUGUAACUAAAUCAGCAUCAUCAUCAUCAGGGCUUACCGACUCUGAUAGUAAUGUUACAGAUGCCAAUGAGAAUAUUGAAAAAUUAGAGUGCCUCAAAAUUACUAUGCGUUCAAUCUCUAAAAAACCAAUGAUGUAUGUUGGUAUUCCAAAAGAAUGUUAUUUCUUAAUCAAAUUGUUACAUAAACACACAAGCAUAAAAGUAGAACACAUUUUGCUAUGCUUGAAAAAGAUUAGAAUGAACAGUACAUUUUCUGAACUGGAGGAUAAUUUUGGAAUAUCAUUAUCUUAUGCUAGUAAAUUGUUUCUACAAAAUAUACCAAUAAUAGCUAGUGUUUUAAGACCAUUCAUUGUAAAUAUAGAUAAAAAAUUGGUAAAAAAAAUCUUCCUAUUUCAUUUAGACAUAACUAUCAUAAUGUCAGUUGCAUCAUAG